UUGACUUACUCCUGCAGGAUUAAGUUUAACACGCCUGCACUCGCUAUUUGAUGGGGGUUGAAGCUCUGCCGCCACGUGGCUCAGUCACCAAGCUUUACGAGGAUAUUCUGUCUUGGGGUAUAUCCAAAAGCUUUGCGAUUAUAGUCUGGUGGUGUCACUGUAAAAAAGAAUUACAUGUCACUCCGUGGGGUCAACGACUGAGCUGUAGAUCUAGAUCUCUGCCCAAAGGGAACUGUAUCUAUAAAUAGUAACAAACGUAUAUGAAUUGUUACCAGCGAGGCGGGGGCACUGGUACAAUGAAUGAAUGUUCUCCCUGGACG